GCAGCGUGGCUUAUGCACGCAGGGGUAACGGCACAAGCUGGAGGCUGGAAAUAAUAUAGCGGGCUGAUCAAACCCUCGUCAUAUAGAGCUUUCUCUAGUUACCCAUUUUCCCUUCCGCUUCCUUACGAAACAUAACUAGAUUUCCAUUCUACCCUUCCCCGUGGAUGAUCCGGAAUCAUGGACCGCUACGUCCAGCUUCGAGCUCUUUGUUGAAUGUUUCCUUGGUCUGGACAAAACUUUCAUCCGCCCGUUCGAUCACAAUGGACACAAAUACAAUAUCCUUACAUCUUCUCCUCAAUCCGCCCCAUUUUCUGACUCGACAAUUACGCAUGUUUGUGGGAUCAUUGAGUCAUGCUCUCAUCUCGAUGGCGCUCACGUUCUCACUUGCGAAUCCAAUCCCAACAAGGAGAACUUCCGUGCGUAUGUUAUCAUGCCAGGAGGCAAAUUCGAAUUCCUUCACGAACCAGGUUGGACAUUGUGGGGCUUUAUCACGACAAGAUCUUUCUGGGUUGUCUACGGUGACGCGAAAGAUAAUCUACCUCGACUUCCUCGGUUGAAAGAUGAACUUGGGGAGAAGCAUUCUACGAAUGGGUUGCACUGGCUGGCUUGAUUGUAGCGGGUGGCUUGCACGUAUUGGGUGUCUGAACCCGGUAGAUUUUCAGUACGCGUAAAGUCCGACAGAUUAAGAAAUUCCACUCUCACAACCAAUGCCCAGCCCGCUGUGACCUGUAACUAUUCCAUUCAC